UUAGGUUUCUAUUGGUGAAAACUUUCUGUCUUCGUUGGCAGCUUCUCUCAGCACCAUCAGAACCUCGGAGCUGUUGGCCACACACCGACGAGGUGAUCCGGACCUACCGCUGCCACAUGGCAAGGUGGCUAUUAGGUGGAUAUAACGACCGAGAGGCACGGUGAGCCUACAGAACUACUAAAGAGAGGACCAGAGAGGAAGGCGUGCCUGUGAUGUCACCCAGCAGCCCCUGCAAUGAGACACUGUGCUCUUCCUGCUGACCUUGUUAAGAUAAACUCUUCAGACCUCCAGCUGGCCAUGUGAUGAGGUCAGGGACCAUGCCAGGUGGUGCAGCAGCCGCUGAAGAGCUAUGUGUUGAUCACAUUCACUCCACACCUGGAAGGAUGGUAUCCCAGGCCACAGACAGGCACGGUUCUCCUGUGGAUCCCUGUGGAGGGAUCAGCUGUGCCCGUGAGAUCACUGAUGGUUUGCCCCGGCUCCUGGACACUGAUCACCCUCCUUGCCAGUUAGAUGUGAGACUCCUGAGGCACAAAGCUUCCUGGAUCAACCCAGUGUGUGUGGAGCAGCCCCUACAAGACUUACACCCGAAGAGCCCAACAGUGCAGAACAGUGGGGAACACUUGGUAGUGGACACUCCGUCUCCCUUGGGCACUUCACUGUUGUCCCACAGGGACUCCCUAGCUGAGACGACAUUGUCUGAGAGGACUGUGGAUGUCAUCGGCAGCACCUCUGCUCAUGGCCCCGGGAGAAAGAAUGGUGACUUCUCUCUGGCAACAGAAGAGCAAGAGGUUCGGCCUCAGCACAAAUCUCUGCUCAGAAACCCCAAGACUGUGGCCACUUCCCCAUCCCCUAAGGAGGACAGUGCCCGUUUUGAGUCUCCUUGCUUGACAGCUUCUGCAGAUGACGGUGCUGCUCAGAGCAGCAGAAGAAACCAUUCAUGGGAUUUCUUCCCACUGGAGAUGUUUAUGCUGCCCAUUGACAUGGAAGAGGAAAAUGUCCACUUUUAUGCUGCAGACAUGAUUAUCUCAGCAAUAGAGAAUAUGAAAUGCAACCUCCUGAGUCAACAGCAGCCAGAGAUCUGGGGCACAGAGGAAGCCAGAGGGUCUCAUGGGAACGCUCAGAUUCAUGAUGAAGUGACCCUUUUAACCCCCGCACAGCAGGAGCCAGGGUCCUCCACUUCUUCAGACAGUGGCUAUGAAGAGAAGAAGUGCGGAGCCAGGGCCAAGGAGGCGAGAGGAAUAGCACCUUGCAGAGGUUGUGGUGUGCUCCAGGUCGGCCCAGUGACUGAGACACUUUCUUACUCACCUGUGGCGAGAGAGGCCUGCAAACAUGACUUGGAUGAACUGGUUACAUUAGAACUUGGGGAAUGUAAUGACAUCCCAGAAAGCAGCAGACGCCCCUGCAACUCUUUAAAGAGUGUAACUUAUGAGCCAGACUUCGGUUAUGCUGGGCUGUUAGCCAGGGAGUUGUUCCGAGGGUUCUGGAAGUGCCAGGUGCUGUCGGAAGUCAAUUCUAGGCCGCCAGGAUCCCUGUCAGCUGCCAGCUCGGGAGUUGGGAAUGAAGAGCAUGCUGGGGAAGACUUUGAUUCCAGUGUGGAUGCAACACAGGAAAUCAUGCCUAAGUCUAGGGUCCCAGGGGCUGAAGACUGGGUGCCUCCUGGAUUUCAAAUCAUACUCACUGUUCACACGCCAAUCAAGAGGGACACAGCGGUAGUGGCCCAAAAUUUCUUCUGUGCCGGAUGCGGGACUCCAAUACAGCCCAAGUUUGUGAAGCGGCUCCGGUAUUGUGAGUAUCUGGGGAAGUACUUCUGUGACAACUGCCACUCAUCUGCAGAGUCCUGUAUCCCUGCCAGGAUCCUGAUGAUGUGGGACUUCAGGAAGUACCAAGUCAGCAAUUUCUCUAAAUGGCUGCUGGACAGCGUAUGGCACCAGCCUGUCUUCAACCUGCUAAGUGGGCACCACAGCCUCUAUGCAAAAGCCAAGGAACUGGAUAGGGUGAAGGACAUCCAGGAGCAGCUGUUUCAUAUCAAGAAGCUGUUGAAGACUUGCAGGUUUGCUGACAGUGUACUGAAGGAGUUUGGGCAGGUUCCCAGCCAUCUGACUGAUGACUGCCAUCUGUUCUCCAUGGAUGACCUCCUCAGGACCAAGAAAGGACUGCUGGCCCCCUUGCUGAAGGACAUCCUGAAGGCUUCCCUUGCCCAUGUGGCCAGCUGUGAGCUGUGCCAGGGGAAGGGCUUCAUUUGUGAGUUUUGCCAGAGCACGACUGUCAUCUUCCCUUUCCAGACCAUGACUUGCAGAAGAUGCUCAGGGUGCAGGGCUUGUUUUCACAAACAGUGUUUCCAGUCUUCGAGGUGCCCCCGCUGUGCUAGGAUCACAGCUCGGAGACAGCAUUUGGAGAGCCUCUCCUCUGCAGCUACAUGACAGUCCUGAUGCAUUUGUUCAAAGCUCUCUACUAUGAGACCAAAUUGUGUCUGCUCCCGGUAACAUUGUUUCAGAUACUAAGUAUUUUAUAAUAAGAAAAAGACGACCUAAACCCCCCCUCCUGUAUAUAUAUAAUGCUUUCAAGGAGCACAGAAGUUUGUUACUAGGCAUAAGGUUGUUGCUAAGGUUUUGUUUAUAAAUGUUUGACUUUUUUUUUUUUUUUGCUGCUACUGGCUGUUUUUAAUGAAUUUUUUUAUACUUAAGUUGUAGUGGGAUAAUUAUUUUUAGCUAAAAACAGAACCUAUUUUUUUUUUAUGUACUGUAACUGACAAGGUGAAAUACUCAGUUCCUCUUCCUCCAAAGCUGCUUGUGAAAUGGAUGGAUACUGUAAGGGAACAAAGUUCAAUGAGAAUUCUGUUUGGCCAAAACUUUUGUUACUUCAAGUAAAAGACUCUUACUGAAUGCAAUUUCA